AUGACAAACGAACUGUUGAAGUAUUUUGCCUCUGCCUUCGCUGUUUGCCGAAAGUUCGAGGGUGCCAGGGUGGAAAGCUUGGUGUUCAAGGUGCAGGUUUGGUCAUCCAGAAGGCCGGAGGUCGCCCAGCAUUCCCAUCUCACGGAGAGGGCGAACCACAGCCCCAUGGAGCCAUUCACACGUUUGGAAUUCCAAGUGUUCCGCUACAUUCAGGCGAUGAUAUUUGCGAUUCAAGAGAUUAACAGGAGUCCUGUUCUCCUUCCAAAUAUUACAUUGGGCUACAGGAUUUAUGAUUCGUGCAGUCUGCCUCGCUUCUCAGUGAAAGCGGCAUUCGACCUGAUCAACGGACUAGACCCAAUAUUUCCGCAGCUUUCAUGUAAUCCGCGCUCACUGGUCCCCGCCAUCGUGGCGGAAUCGGAAUCUUCGCUCUCUCUGGCUUUGGCGGCGUCAAUCGGUCCUUUGAAAGUUCCUAUGGUUAGCUAUUUCUCCACGUGUGCUUGUCUCAGCAACCGGCGAGAAUUCCCCUCAUUUUUUCGGACGAUCCCAAGUGAUUACUUCCAGAGCCACGCGUUGGCCCAACUUGUCAAGCGGUUUGGAUGGACAUGGAUUGGAACAGUGAGGAGCGACAACGAUUAUGGAAACUUUGGGAUGCAGGCCUUCACUGAGACGGUUCAGCAGCUUGGAGUUUGCAUUGCCUUCUCCGUGUCGUUCCACAGGACGUAUUCGAGAGAAAGGUUACUUCAUGUUACCCGAAUUAUUCGGACAGCAUCCACAAAAGUCGUGGUGGCAUUUCUCGCUCAAGGCGACAUGGCCAUUUUAUUAAGAGAAAUAGUUCGACAAAACAUUUCUGGUAUCCAAUGGGUGGGCAGUGAGGCGUGGAUCGCAACUUCGCUUCUAUCUCCAGAAGAGAACAAAAGAUUCGUCACUGGGGCCAUCGGGGUUGCGAUACUUUGUUCCAACAGCUGUAUUCCUGGGACAAGAAAAGCAGCUCGAAAGGGACAGCCUAUUUGUUGCUUUGAUUGCAUCCCAUGUGCCCAAGGGGCGAUCAGUAACAUCACAGAUUCAAUUGAGUGUAUGAGGUGCCCCAGCGAUUCCUGGUCCAACGACCGACAAGACCAAUGCAUAAACAAGCGUUUUGACUUUCUCUCAUUUACCGAGGUGAUGGGGAUUGUUCUGACCACGCUGGCGUUGAUCGGAACUUGCUUCACUGCCACAAUUGGUGGCAUUUUCUUGUUUCACAAAGACACUCCGAUCGUGAAGGCAAACAAUGCGGAGCUCAGCUUCCUUCUUCUCCUCGCAUUGAGUCUUUGCUUCCUCUGUUCAAUCACAUUCAUUGGCCAGCCGUCGGCGUGGUCCUGUAUGUUACGCCACACAAUGUUUGGCGUUACUUUUGUUCUCUGCGUCUCCUGUGUUUUGGGCAAAACUGUUGUUGUGGUGAUGGCAUUUCAGGCAAAACUACCCAGCAAUAAUGUGGCCAAGAGGUUUGGUCCCCGACAACAACGCCUGAUCGUCUUUCUUCUCACACUGCUACAGUGCUUAAUAUGUACCGUCUGGCUCAUCAAAUCCCCACCCCUCCCCGUCAAAAACAUGGCCUAUUCGAAUGAGGUGGUCCUUCUGGAAUGUGAUGUGGGAUCAGAAUUAGCAUUUUACUGCGUCCUGGGUUAUAUUGGCUGCCUGUCAUUGGUUUGCUUUGCCGUUGCCUUUUUGGCACGAAACUUACCGGACAAUUUCAAUGAGGCAAAAUACAUAACAUUUAGUAUGCUGUUAUUCUGCGCUGUUUGGAUAUCUUUCAUUCCAGCUUAUGUCAGUUCUCCCGGGAAAUUCACUGUGGCAGUGGAAGUGUUUGCCAUUUUGGCUUCCAGUUUCGGCUUACUUUUCUGUAUCUUUGCUCCUAAAUGUUACAUCAUAUUGUUAAAGCCGGAGAGAAAUACAAAGAAAUAUUUGAUGGGGAAAUUGUCUUCCUAA